GUGAAUUUUCAUCGACUGUUGCAGCCUCCCAGUGUCCGUGGAGAUCAGGCUCUUCCACAGAUACGGAGACAGUUCCACCGGAGGGGGAGUAUAUAGAGGAGCACAGGGGUCUGUACAAGGACGUGAUGAUGGAGAAUCACCGGCCCCUCACAUCACUGGAUGGACCCAGUAACAGAGAUACCCCAGAGAGAUGUCCCCGUCCUCUGUAUUCCCAGGACUGUACAGAGGAGAAUCACAGGAUCCCACAGGAGGAUCAGGUAGAACGUCUUUCUUGUAUAAAGGCAGAAGAUAUAGAGGGAGAAGAAGAGACCUAUGUGAUUGAUAUGAAAUCAGAAGAUAUAGAGGGAGAAGAAGAGACGUAUGUGACUGAUAUGAAGACAGAAGAUAUAGAGGGAGAAGAAGAGACGUAUGUGACUGAUAUAAAGGCAGAAGAUCUAGAGGGAGAAGAAGAGACGUAUGUGACUGAUAUGAAGACAGAAGAUAUAGAGGGAGAAGAAGAGACGUAUGUGACUGAUAUGAAGGCAGAAGAUAUAGAGGAAGAAGAAGAGACAUAUGUGACUGAUAUGAAGGCAGAAGAUAUAGAGGGAGAAGAAGAGACGUAUCUGACUGAUAUAAAGGCAGAAGAUAUAGAGGGAGAAGAAGAGACGUAUGUGACUGAUAUAAAGGAAGAAGAUAUAGAGGGAGAAGAAGAGACGUAUGUGACUGAUAUGAAGGCAGAAGAUAUAGAGGGAGAAGAAGAGACGUAUGUGACUGAUAUGAAGACAGAAGAUAUAGAGGGAGAAGAAGAGACGUAUGUGACUGAUAUGAAGGCAGAAGAUACAGAGGGAGAAGAAGAGACGUAUGUGACUGAUAUGAAGGCAGAAGAUACAGGGGGAGAAGAGGAGACGUAUGUGAGGGGUGAUCAGCAGUGUAAGGAGGAGGAGAUCCCUACAGAUAUCAGCACAGCAGAUGGACACACAAGCAGGAACAUCUCAGAAGGACAUCUAAUGUUAUCCCCGGAUUGUGACAUAAAAGAUAAUGACAGUAGACAGGAAUCUCCAGGAGAUAUCCCCAUUACCCCAAUUAUACAUCCAGCUCUAUCAGCUGAUCCCCCUGAUCCUGGGGAAUGUUCUCCUGAUCACUCUGAUAUUGGUGCAUCUGUUACAGCUCUGAGAGUAGAUACAGUGUUUCCCUGUUCUAUAGAUGCCAAAUGUUUUACACAGAACACAAAGCGUAUUACCAAUCAGCCAGCUAAGGCAGGUGAGAGGCCACUGAUAUGUUCUGAGUGUGGGAAAUGUUUUACAUAUAAUUCACAUCUUGUUACACAUCAGAGAAGUCACUCAGGUGAGAGGCCGCAUUCCUGUUCUGAGUGUGGGAAAUGUUUCGCACAUAAAUCAGUUCUUGUUACACAUCAGAGAAGUCACACAGGUGAGAAGCCGUAUUCCUGUUCUGAGUGUGGGAAAUGUUUUGCAUGGAACUCAAAUCUUGUUACACAUCAGAGAAGUCACACAGGUGAGAAGCCGUUUUCCUGUUCGGAGUGUGGGAAAUGUUUUGCAUAUAAACCAGUUCUUGUUACACAUCAGAUAAGUCACACAGGUGAGAAGCCGUAUUCCUGUUCUGAGUGUAGGAAAGGUUUUGCACGGAAAUCAGAUCUUGUUGCACAUCAGAGAAGUCACACAGGUGAGAAGCUAUUUCCAUGUUCUGAGUGUGGGAAAUGUUUUACACAGAAAUCAGCUCUUGAUAAACAUGAGAGAAGUCACACAGGUGAGAAGCCGUAUUCCUGUUCUGAGUGUAGAAAAUGUUUUGCACGGAAAUCAGCUCUUGUUACACAUCAAAGAAGUCACACAGGUGAGAGGCCAUUUUCCUGUUCUGAGUGUGGGAAAUGUUUUACACAGAAAUCAGCUCUUGUUACACAUCAGAGAAGUCACACAGGUGAGAAGCCAUAUUCCUGUUCUGAGUGUAGGAAAUGUUUUCCACGGAAAUCAGAUCUUGUUUUACAUCAGAGAAGUCACACAGGUGAGAAGCCAUUUCCAUGUUCUGAGUGUGGGAAAUGUUUUACUCAGAAAUCAGCUCUUGAUAAACAUGAGAGAAGUCACACAGGUGAGAAGCCAUAUUCCUGUUCUGAGUGUGGGAAAUGUUUUGCAUCUAAAUCACAUUUUGUUAUUCAUCAGCAUACUCACACAGGUGAGAAGCCGUAUUCCUGUUCUGAGUGUGGGAAAUGUUUUACACAGAAAUCAGCUCUUGUUACACAUCAGAGAAGUCACACAGGCGAGAAGCCGUACUCCUGUUCUGAGUGUGGGAAAUGUUUUACACAGAAACCAGCUCUUGUUACACAUCAGAGAAGUCACACAGGUGAGAAGCCGUACUCCUGUUCUGAGUGUGGGAAAUGUUUUGCAUGGAAAUCAGUUCUUGUUAAUCAUCAGCGAUUUCACAGGUGAGAAGCCAUUUUCAUGCUGUGAGAGAAAUAAAUCCGGUCUUGUUGAACAUAUUAGACAUUACCCAUUACGGAACCAUUUACAUCUUCUGGAGUAUAUUUAUCACUGUCAUGCAAUGUUCCUCAAGGGCCAACCUCAUCUCCUAUGCUUUAUGCAAUAUACAUGCUACCAUUGGGUGAUAUAAUCAGAUGUCAUGGCCUGGUCUACCACUGCUAUGCAGAUGACCUGCUUUUUGCUCCAUGUACUGAGAACCUAAUACCAAUCCUAAAUGGUUGUCUAGCUGAGCUCCAGGGGUGGAUGAUGCCAGUUGGCUGUGACUCCGUCUUUGUGAAACAUAAUAGAAGCUCACCAACAAAGGACAAGACUACAGCUUUACCAACCAUCAGGAUUUAUGCUUUGGUGUUCAGAAUUGCUAAAUACUGAACAUGUGCUGAAUCUUUGUGUUGUCCUGGUUUGUGGCUGACAUAGACAUCAUGUAUCUGCCACAUACAAAUCCUCGUUCUUUCAUCUGUGGACCAUAGCCAGAAUCAAGCACUUGAUUCCCUCAGAAGUUCAUAGACUACUGCAAUGCCAUCUACCUGGGUCACCCAGCAAAAGAAUUGCAGAGCUUGCAGCUAGUACAGAAUGCAGCAGCCAAGCUGUUACCUAACCAGCCCAUUCCUGCCUCCUAACACCCAUUCUCUACUCCCUUCACCGGCUGCCUGUAAGAUGACAAAUCUAUUUCAUAAUUGGCUAACUGACCUUCCCAGCCCAACAUUACAUGGUCCAAGGUACUAGAAGCAGCUUCUGCCUCCUUACUGCCCUGCUUGCUUGCUUCUACAGAUGAAGGACUGUUACCAGCAGUACCAAGAAUCUCCUGUCAUUCAUUUAAGGGUUGAACUUUUAGCUUUGCAGCCCUGACCCUGGAACUCACUGCCUUGCACAGUCCAAGAGGCCUCCACUCUAGAGACCUUCACAAGCUGACUGAUGACUGUUACUCACACUAUUCAUUAAUUUACCUCUAUUUAGUUCCUAAAUAAUACAUCCCAAAUGCUUAGGUCUUUUUUCUGCUGUUUAUUUUGUAUCUUGUGUUUUGUGUAAAUGUGAAUGUCUAAUACCAGUUUGCACAAUCUGUAUUGCUGCACGACAAUAUGGCGGCCAUUGGAACGUGUUUUCACUUCUUCUAGUUUGCCUAACUUGUUGCAGACACUCAUCUUGAUCAGGAGUGUCGAGUGUUUUUUGUGAUACAAGAUCCUAUCCAUAUAUACCCUGUACAUUACCAUGUGCAUUAGAAUCACCAGGGUUCCAUCUGCAGUGGUUUGUUGUAUGUUACAUCUAUAUGGUGCGGAUACUCCCCUGUAUUUCAUAAUAAAAGCUUUUGUUUGCAUCUAA